AUGUCCGAGGGCUUGCUCCACCAUGGCCCGGUUUUUCCAGACGUUCAAGAUUUUCACGGCGGUGACCUCCCAGCGGCCGGCGUUGCAGGGGGCUUCCCAUGCCAGGGCGUGUCGACUGCGGGCAAGCAACUCGGCUUGUCCGACGCACGCACGGGGCUUCUGUCCCAUGUGUUCCGCAUUUAUGAUAGCUUGCCAGCAGACCGCAGGGAGUUCAUGGUUUUGGAGAAUGUUGCCAGCAUUUUGCACCGCAAGUCCGAGAUGCGCGAGAUUAUCCUGUUCAUGGUCAAGGCAGAGCUCAGGCCUUUGUCAGAGCUCCUCCAAGUAGAUUGGAACCAUUGGAACAAGUUGCCAAUGAGCCAGUGGCUGAGCUGUGCCACGCAGGAGCACGAUCGUGAGAGGUUGAAGACCCUAGGCAACGUCGUUGUUCCCGCGUGUGGAACGCUUGGAAUGUCACUUCUUUUGCGCAUGAGUGCCGCGCGCUGA